AUGUCAAGAAGAUAUCCUGAAGAUUGUGUUGAAUAUAAUGGUUUUUGCUUGUACGCAAGAUUUGAAAGAAUAGUUCAUGAUGAACAAAAUACUCAAAUCAAUGAAUUUGAAUGCUCCCCUAACCAAUUUACUCAACAACCUCCUUUCGUUGGUCCUAACCAUAUCGGAUCUUUUCAUCAACAUUCUCAUUAUGGACCUAUUCAACAACCUCAAAUUAUGAAUGGACAUGUUCAACAACCACUUAUUUUUAAUGGACCUCGGCACUCUCGUAUUUGCAGACCCGAACAAUUUACUCAGCACCCUUGUAUUAACGGAUUUGAUCAACUUCCACAAAUUACUGAGAUCAACAAUGUUAAUAAUGAAAAUUAUAUCCCAGCUGAGCCUAAUCCACAGAUUCAACACCAUCAAGCCACCAUUAGAAAUUAUCAGAUUCAACCACCCCCAUUGACUCCUGUGCAAGCCAACAUUCAAAUUAAUAACCUCCAAAGACAACCAUCAUUCGCAUCUCAAACCUCAAAUUCCUCAAAUAUAACUAUCCAGCCCUUACAAGAGUUUAAAAAUUGUAACUGUCUUGUUUGUAGUUUUUUAAAGAAUCAAUGUUUUCAAAGUAUUGGCGAUGAAAAUUGUGUUACACGAAAUGAACAAAAUGAAGAA